AUAACAAGCAGUGCCUUGCUACUGCUGUGUGUGUGAGCUGCUGUGUAUCUGGCAUUCUGCUGCUAUGAAGCUGUCCUGCAGCCUCUGCUGAUCUCUCUAGCAUAUACUAUGGCUGCUGCUACUAGCAGCAAAAGCAACAUCAAUGGGAUGACAGUGGGCUCCAUACAGUCUCCAGGUUCCUAUAGCCUGGAUCACAUUAAGAGGCAGCAGCGCAUGGAUCCUCGCAGGAGACAGGCUGCCCUCUCUUUCCUUACCAACAUCUCCUUGGAUGGGCGACCCCUGCAGGCUAAUGGGGUAGCAAGGGAGGGUACUGCAUGUGCACUAAGCAGGACUCAGCCGACUACUCAUCUUGCAGAAAAGGAUGCAAUGCACAAUACAUCACUUAAUGCAACAUUGCCUGCAACUCCUCAACAUCAGGUCCAUGCACCGUUCAGCAAGACAGGACUAACCUCUCCAUCAGGACCCAUGCCUAUUUCUGUGGGUGGGAGACGGGAGCUGAUGGAGCAAGAGAUGCAGUUAAGGAAACAGCAGAUAAUGGAGUAUGAUGAGGAAGAAGAGGAGGAUGCCUUUACAAGCAGUGUUCCAGCAUCAGCAGGGAGUGGGGUCCCUGUCCAAGCACCUUGCAUAGGUAGCAGAGGCCGUCUUAACUCCCUCACCUCUGCUAUUUUACCGGCUGCUUUUUGCAGGACUUCAGCCACCCCAGUCUUCAGCUGUAGUGACCAAAUACUGAGUGGGACCAGCAGUGCCUUUGAAAUCCAGAGGUCACGGAGACGUCUGAUCUCUCAGCGGUCUUCACUAGAAACACUUGAAGACAUUGAAGAAAAUGCUCCCUUGCGGAGAUGUCGGACUCUGUCCGGUUCACCCAGACCAAAGAGCUUCAAGAAGGUCCAUUUUAUUAAGAGCAUGAGGCAGCACGACACAAAGAAUGGCAGAAUCGUCCUCAUAAGUGGGAGAAGAUCAUUCUGUAGCAUAUUUUCAGUGCUGCCGUAUCGAGACUGUGCUCAUGUUGGGGACACAAAACUGGAAGGAACAAGGCAGCGCCAUUCCUCCGGUGGCAUGAAUACACGUGAAAUGAUUCUUGGCCUGGAAGGAGUUGAACUUGGUGCUGAUGGGAAGACUGUAUCGUAUACACAGUUUUUGUACCCCACCAAUGCCUUGGGAGGACGCAGAAAUACAAUAGACUCCACUUGCUCCUUCUCUCAGUUUCGUAAUGCAAGUCACCGCAACCUGACCCUGGGAAGAGCCAACAGUGUACAGGGGAGCAUCGAUACAGGAAGUGACAUAGGAGACUUUACAGAAUACGAUCCAAAUCUCCUGGAUGAUCCUCAGUGGCCAUGUGGCAAGCACAAGCGGGUUCUAAUAUUCCCUUCUUAUAUGACCACUAUAAUAGAAUAUGUGAAACCAUCUGACCUCAAGAGAGAUAUGAAUGAGACUUUCAAAGAGAAAUUUCCUUAUAUCAAGCUUACUCUUAGCAAAAUAAGAAGCCUGAAGCGGGAUAUUCGCAAGCUGGCGCAGGAGGAUUGUGGCUAUGAAGAGCCUACUGUGGCCAUGGCGUUUGUAUAUUUUGAGAAGCUUGCAUUGAAGGGGAAGUUGAACAAACAAAACAGAAAGCUUUGUGCUGGAGCCUGCAUCCUGUUAGCUGCCAAAAUUGGGAGCGAUCUACGAAAACAUGAAGUCAAACACCUCAUUGAUAAACUGGAAGAGAAGUUUCGUUUGAACAGACGUGAGUUGAUGGCAUUUGAAUUUCCUAUCCUGGUUGCCUUGGAGUUUGCUCUUCACCUACCAGAGCAUGAAGUUAUGCCCCAUUACAGACGUUUAAUCCAAAGCUCCUAGCACAGGCUACAUGCCUUUCUCUGGGACAGUGGAGGAGCUUACAGAGCCACAGCUGCUAUUGGACAUAUAUACAAAUGAUUGCAUUGUUACCUGCACCUAGUGGAGACUGUCAUAUUGUGAACUGACACAGUACUACCCUCUUAUCUGUAGAUUGGCAGAGUGGGGAACAGCACACCUGCCUUACACUAUCAUGAGCAGCGGGUAGUUUUCUAAUUUUUGGAUGUGUGGUGUCAAUGAAGGGUGUGCUGUUCUUAAGGCUUCACUGUGGUUAAUAUGUCGCCUCCAAAUCCUAAUUGGGAACCUGUUUAAUGGACAUUACCUCAGUUCCCAAAAUGGCUAUCUACACUUUGUGAAGGUGCAUGUAUACUUUAACACCAAUGUUCUCAUUGGAGCAACUUGCUGGUAUUUGUCUUUUUUUACGUAGAUUCUCUAUUGUGAAUAGGUGUUGAGAAGAGAAAUGGCACGUGGACCACAAGCUGGAACUUCCAGCACUUCUCUCCUCUAAGAACAUUUUACUUUAAACUCACAAGUGGACUUUGUCAUCUCUUUACCUUCAGGUCUGACCUUUAUCGUGAAGGACAUUUCAUUAAGGUGCCAUGUCAGGUGUUAACCUUCACUGUGUCAAAAAAGAAAUGUGCCAAUGUAUUUCUUACAAAGAAAGAACUUUUAUGUGCCCUGCUAUCUUGGAGGAACCCAAGAGACUGGCUUAAGCCUGGAUGUAAAAACUGUGUGAAAAAAAUGAAUCUUAACCUCAACUGGCACUAGCCACGACACACAUGGAUUAACACUACAAAUGCUUUCAUUCCACCAGUAUACUUUGUAAAGCCAGGACAUUUUGGUGAUCUUAUUACUUCAGUGACAGCUUUACUUUAAAGCCACAGCAUUUUAACCGAUUGCACUUUUCCACUGUGGAGGAAACGCAUUGAGUCGUACAGCUUGGUGUUAAGAAUCUUCUGUGCUCUAUGUUAGAGUGCAUCUUAAGCACGUUUUCUUGUGCUACAUGUUAUAAAGCAGUGUUCUGAGAAAGCAACUGCCCAUUAUCAUUUUCAUCAACAAUACAUUCAUCUCCGAUAUUGGCUGAUGUGUGAUUCUAUACAAAUCAAUGUAGCUUAUCUAGCAUCAAUAGAAAAUGAAUACAAAAUGUAUUCUGCUGUAGGUUGUUUUUUUAUCAUCUUAUUUUGCAUCAUAAUUUGUACUCGACAAUUUUAUUUUGUUGAAUUCAUUACUAUGAUGUGGGAGGAAAUCUGUUUUUCUUUUCUAGGCAAUUUAACUCUCCCUGUGCACGCUGUUGUGCAUUUGGGCAUCGUUUGUAAAGACGUGGUUUACAAAGUACAGAAACAGUGAACCCAACCAAAUUAUUUUUUUAUUGUGUUUUAUUGGGAAUAAUCAGAACGAUGAAAGGUGAUUGGUUGUUAUGGAUUACUGCACUUUGUACAUUGCUCUUUGCCUUAUUAAAUAAGCCCAAUUUUUCUUUAAUGUAUACAGCUCAAAAAAACAUUGCUUAGCUAAAGAAGUCACUUAUGCUAAUUUAUAGUGAUUGCAUUGUCACAAUAUGGCUGUCUGUAGGCAUCGGGUACAUAUUGAUGCCACACUGCCAAAACCACCUCAUUUUGACUUGAACACGUCACUGGAACUACAUAUCCAGUGCAUGGGAUUUAUGAGCGUGUCUAAUGUUGACACUUGUUUCCACUGAGGUCAGUGGAUAUUCUUGAAAUCAAGAUUUCAAUUUUUUUUUACUAGUUUUUCAUUUCUUUGUUAAAAUUCUAGUUCAUUUGGGCUAAAUAUGGGUACAAUCAGUAUUCCCCACAUGGGCCCCAGUGUUCACCCCUUUGGCUAGUUCAAAUCGGACUACAUAAACAUUAUGAAUUUAGCUCCAGAAGUAUGGAAAUCGUACAGUGCCUUCAACUGGUAGCAUUUUUAGGCUGAAGUCUGUUUUCAUUUACUUUAUUCAUUCACAUUCAGAUAUUUAAUUUUUAAAUAAAGAGAUGCAUAUAGAAAAUGUUGAAGUUUGA